AUGAACCCCGCUGGAUAUGAGACACAUGUCUUUCACAUUAACAUAACAAGCAAUACAACUGAGAACAUUGAGCAACAGGAUGAAGAUGGAGUGACUACGCAGACUAUGCAGAAUACGCAGACUACAAAGGCAACAACCACAGAAAGAACAGAUUGUAGGCAAUCUUUCACAAUUUAUUUUGCAGAAGUCCUGUGGUAUUGCAGCAUGCAAGAGCUUUUCCAUGCUCAAAAUUUGCAGAGAGAUUCAGAACUGUCAAAUACUACCAAUAGAAGCAAUAGAAAGUCAAGCAGAUAUUUCAUCUUAAGUUUCAGAACUGCUAGAAUUAGCUUCAGAACUAGCACAGACACAAGAGCCAGCAUGAAUACAACAACCAGUACUAGUGCUAUAACAAGAAAAAACAUCAGCAUCAAUAUAAAUACUAGAUCCAAAUAG